GAAGAUGAGCAGCGAGGCGCUGUGGCUGGUCAAGCAGCCGAAUCUCCACCUGGAGCAGGAGGGGCGGUUUCAGCCCCGCGAGAAGGGGCUCAGCCUCAUCGAGUGCGCCGCCGAGAAUGAAAAUACUCUGUCUCCGAGACAAAGGAAUGCCAAGGUGGAAGAUCUUUGGAGUUUGACCAACUUUUUUGGUUUUGCAACUGAAACAUUUGUGUUGGCUGUGAACAUUCUGGACAGAUUCUUGGCUCUUAUGAAGGUGAAACCGAAGCAUUUAUCUUGCAUUGGAGUUUGUUGUUUCCAACUGGCUGCCCGAGUAGUCGAAGAAGAAUGCAAUAUUCCAUCUGCUCAUGAGAUCAUCCGGAUCAGCCAAUGUAAAUGCACUGUGUCUGACCUGAAACGGAUGGAAAAGAUAAUUUCUGAAAAGUUGCACUUUGAAUUUAAAGCUACUACUGCCUUAACCUUCUUGCACUUGUACCAUACUAUUGUACUUUGUCAUACCUCAGAAAGGAAAGAAGUUUUGAAUCUCGACAAAUUGGAAGCACAGCUAAAAGCUUGCAACUGUCGCCUAGUCUUCUCUAAAGCAAAACCAUCUGUCUUGGCCUUGUGCCUUCUCACUCUAGAAGUUCAGACUUUGAAAUCUGCUGAGCUGUUUGAGAUCCUUCUGCGUGUUCAAAAGCAUUCUAAGAUAAGUGAUAGUGACCUACUUUACUGGAGGGAACUGGUCUCAAAAUGCCUAGCAGAUUAUUCUUCUCCUGAGUGUUGUAAGCCUGAUCAUAAAAAGCUGGUUUGGAUUGUUUCGAGACGUACAGCCCAGAAUCUACAAAACAGUUACUACAGUGUCCCUGAGUUGCCAACGAUACCAGAGGGUGGAUGUUUCAAUGAAAGCGAGAGUGAAGACUCCUGUGAAGAUAUGAGCAGCGGAGAAGAAAGCCUCAGCAGUUCUCCGAGCGAUCUGGAAGGCACCUUCUUCUUUGAACUCAAACCUAAAACCAAGUGGCAAACUCUUAGCUGUCGGUCCUCAUGUUAAGUCUUGAUUGUACUAGGUUGAGACUUUUUAAUGCACCAUAGACUCUUCUGGCAAUAAUAAAUGAGGUGGUAAUCUGUAAGCUGUGUUAAGGCAAGAAUUGCUGUGGUAUAUCAAUGCUUUGAAUGCCUGCCUUGGUUUUUUUCUUGUUGUAAUAUUAAGGAAGAAAAACCCUUCAGGUCCC